CCCCUUUCUCCCUCUCUCUAUAACACACACAUACAUACGUGCGAAAAAAAAAAUGGCUGGAGCUUUACCUUUUUUCCUUGCUUUCCAAUAUUUCCUCCUGACCUUCUUCAACUACUCAUCAAUUGCAGCCAAUGCUAAUUACAAUGUCCAAAGUUUGGGAGCAAAAUCUGAUGGAAAAACUGAUUGUACCAAGGCAUUCUUGAGUGCAUGGACCUCAGCAUGUGCUUCUACGCAGCCAGCCACCAUUUACGUGCCACCGGGAAGAUACUUGCUUGGAGCUGCAACUUUUGUCGGCAAGUCAUGCAAAAACACUGCUAUAACGAUUCAAAUUGAUGGGACACUAGUAGCUCCAUCUGAUUUUGAUGUUAUUGGAAAUUCUGGUAACUGGAUCAAGUUCGAAAGUGUGACCGGAGUUUCUGUUAUUGGUGGAACCCUAGAUGCCCAAGGGGCUAAUUUGUGGGCAUGCAAAAAUUCCGGCAAUAGUUGUCCAACCGGAGCAACGACACUGGCCUUCUACAAUUCCAACAACAUCAUAAUGAAUGGAUUGUCUUCAAUAAAUAGCCAGAAGUUCAACAUUCUUGUUGAUGGAUGCCACAAUGCCAAGCUAGCGGGAAUAAAGGUUUCUACACCAGGCAACAGCCCAAACACCGACGGAAUUCACGUGGAGAAAUCAACAGGAGUCACAAUUAUGAACUCUCAGAUUGGCACCGGAGAUGAUUGUGUCUCUAUAGGUCCCGGCACCUCGAACUUGUGGAUUGAGACUAUCGCAUGUGGCCCUGGCCAUGGAAUUAGCAUUGGGAGUCUAGGCUGGGAUUUACAAGAACCUGGAGUGCAAAAUGUGACAGUUAAAUCAGCUACAUUUACAGGAACUCAAAAUGGGGCGAGGGUGAAGACAUGGGCCAGGCCAAGCAAUGGAUUCGUUAAAAAUAUUCUUUUCCAGCAUUUAGUCAUGGUUAAUGUUGAAAACCCCAUAAUUAUUGAUCAAAAUUACUGUCCCGAUGACCAUAAUUGCCCCAGUCAGGUUUCAGGCGUGAAGAUUAGUGAUGUAACAUAUCAAGACAUACAUGGGAGUUCGGCAACAGAAACUGCAGUAAAAUUUGACUGCAGCAAAGGAAAUCCAUGCAGUGAUAUUACCUUGGAAGAUGUUAAGCUGACCUAUAAAAAUGAGCCGGCUCAUUCGUCAUGCAUUAACGCCAUUGGGAAGUCUUCUGGCUCAGUUGAGCCAAAUAGCUGCUUGUCUCUUUAGAAAAUUAUUUACAGUAUUUAUACUUAUACAAGAAUAUAGGCCAUAUACAUAAGUAGAGCUACGGUAAGAAUAUAAUGAAUAAAAAAAAUUUGUAUUCGAUACAAGAAAUCAAAGUUUUCAUAUGAAUGAUAGUUAAAAACAAAAGCUUCGUACUUGGUGUAA